AUGGCUCGAGUCAAGAUUCCGGAAGUGAGAAUCCGGAAAGAUCGAACGCGGACUAGUUGGACACGAUUCUAUCUACCACGGGGGCAAGAUCGGCCGACGUGGUCGACAGACAGCUCGGAUAUCGGACCGCUUACAGGGGUACCAGGUUGUCAGAAGGUCUGGCUCGGGAGGCAGGUUGAUGAUUGUGAGCAGGCUGCCAUCAUUAUUCUCUGGGAGUCAGCAGAUGCUCUCAAAGAUUCCCAAGACUCUUCUGCGUGUGCCGAGCUCCUGCAGGGCCUGCCCGAGGACGACGUCGUGUCCGGUGCACUGCUACAGCGCCUGUCAUUGAGUAGCGGGGACAACAUGAAUAGCACGAAGUCAUCGCCGGUAUCUCUGUUUCCCAGCCUCCACUGGUUUCCACAAGAGUGGUUUCAACGAGAGGAGUUUGAAGACCGGCUUGAGGGCCGAGUAAUGCUCACGGCAUUCUUGGUACCAUACAUGGACGUCCCCGAUCGCCUAGAAUUACGCUGUAGCGUGUCCAGAGCGUUCGAAGGCUUCAUGCCCGCAGGUAGCGACGACUUGCGGCCACCGCCGCCGCCGACGAGGGAAUCUUUCCCAUGGAAUGUUCGACCGGGCUUGGCAGUCUUUCGGCCUGAGCCGUCAGGAUGGGUAUGGGCUUGGACGGACACUGGAGACAGCGACCUGUGGCAUCCAGGACAGCAGGGAACGGCAGCGGAAACCGAGAGUGGCCAGAUGGUUGUUUGUAUGUUUCGUCAGUGGGAUGGCUACUACGGAGCUACCCCCGAGCGCGGAGAAGCCUCAGCCAAGGACCCGUUGGCAAAGGAGUCGUGGGCCCGGGCUGUGGCAAAUGCGAUGCCCCCGAUUGCGGCCUGGGAGCAUGAGCGUUGGGAUAUCUGGGUGAUCAGUGCCGUCCUACAUCAUUCCUGA